GGCGCGCCUCUUCUUUUUUUCCCCCUUUCGCAGGUUGCUGCCGCUCGGGCUGUGCCGCUCGCGCACAGAAAACGCUCCUCCGGGCUUCCCUUUUGGGAAAAAUCCAAUUAUUGAGGGAGGGAAAGGCAAGCGGCGCACGCGAGAAAGCGAGAGAGAGAGAGCUUGAGAGGAGAAAACGGAGAGGAACUUUCUUCGGGCGCGAGGAACUCGUCUGAGGGGGAACGGGUGCGUGUGCGGCGCCUCCCCGCGAGGCCUCACCUGAAGGAGACGGAGCGCGAGGACGUCGGGGCCGCGAGGGAGCCGCUUCCUGAGGAAAAGCGGGGUCUCGGGGGCCAUUUUGACCUUCCCCAGGGCGCGAAACAGGACCAGAAAGUUGCCUUUUCCCGAGGGCGCCGCUCCCGCCUGCUCUGUUUCGCCUGAGGCGCAUGGACGAGGCCGGAUGAGCGCCUCGCGGGGCCCGGGAGAUGGCUCUGGCCGCCCUGCCUCUGCUGCUGCUGCUACCUUGGCUGGCGGCGGGCGAGUGGGAGCUGCGCCUAGGCCGCUGCCCAGAAGGGGGCGCCCUCCUGCUGGACCUCUCUUUGGGGCCGGAGUGGCGCUGCGACGUGGACGAGGCGCGGACAUCGCCACCGCUGAGGGGCGCCCUAGAGCUCGGCCGCGGAGGGCGUUUGAGGGUGGCGAAGGGCGGCCGGGAGGAGUGCGGUGAAGCCUGGGCAAACGGCCCUUUGGCCCUGCACUUGCGCCUCUCCUCUCCAUCCGCAGGGGGCGCCCUUUUCUGGCUCCGCCUGCCCGCUUUCCAACAUGGCUGCCCUCCCAUUAGGAGGAGGAAGAGGACGCCUCGCCUCUUUGUAGGCCUCACGCCACCUUUGGCCAAUUGGCUCUGCUCUCCUGCUGCUUCCCUGCACCCACAGGCCGCACUCAGGGCCUGGACCAGUUUCCCUCGGUGCCGGUGCUCCAACGGCGUAUCAUUUUCUUGUAACGGGGAAACAAGGAACGGCUCCACUUGCCAGCCACCCUCAGGGCCGCACAGCCACCUCCAGCUCCUUUGUCGCUUGAGGAAAACCUCGGGUGUUGUCCUUCUCGAUCUCAAGGAAGGGCCAGAAGGAAAUAAACGUGAGGUGGCUGUAAGCGCAGAGGUAUCCUUCCCACAAAAGUGGGAUUCCUGGCACCGAGAUCUGCAGAGGAUAUGGAGUGUAAUCACACCGUCGCAGUUUAAGUUGAGCAAUUAUAAAGUUUCCAUUACUGAAAAGCAGCCCACCGGAACAUUGGUAUCCUCCCCACGGAGGUGGGAUUCCCGGCACCAAGGUCUGCGGAGGAUACGGAGUGUAAAUACCCCACUGCAGUUCAGGCUGACCAAUUAUCAAGUUUCCAUUGCCAAAAAUGAGCCCGCCAGGACAUUGGUCUCCCCACAGGGGUGGGGUUUCUGGCACCGAGGUCUGCAGGGGAUGCAGACUGUAAACACCCUUCCACAGUUCAAGUUGACCAAUUAUCAAGUGUCCAUUGCUGAAAAUGAGCCUGCUGGGACAGUGGUAUCCUCUCCACAGAGAUGGGAUUCCCGACACCAAGGUCCACGGUGGAUGCGGAGUGUAAACACCCCUCCGCAGUUCAAGCUGACCAAUUAUCAGGUAUCCAUCCCUGAAAAUCAACCCUCUGGGACAGUUGUCAUUGCACUGGAGGCUCACGAUCCUGACGAGGGUGAGGCAGGCCAUUUGGUGUACUCAAUCGAAGCCUUCUUCGACAAGCGCUCCAAUGAUUACUUCUCCAUCAACGCUGGGACGGGGGUGGUGACGACCACACGCAGCUUGGACCGGGAGACGAAGGAUACUCAUGUGCUGCAAGUGACGGCCACGGAUCAAGGUGCCCCCCGGCAUCGGUCAGCGACCACCUUCCUGACGGUGACUGUGAGCGACACCAACGACCACGGCCCAGUGUUUGAGCAGCCCGAGUACAGAGAAAACAUCAGAGAGAACCUGGAGGUGGGUUACGAGGUGCUGACAAUCCGUGCCACGGACAAGGACGCACCAGACAACGCAAACCUGUUGUAUCGUAUUUUGGAACCAGGGGCCGGGGAAGGCGUUUUUGAGAUUGACCCACAUUCGGGAGUGGUGAGGACUUGUGCCCCAGUUGACCGAGAGGAGGUCUCCGAGUACCAUCUUGUAGUAGAAGCCAACGAUCAAGGGAAAGAUCCCGGCCCUCGGAGUGCCACUGUCACUGUCCAUAUAUCAGUAGAAGAUGAGAAUGACAAUUCUCCACAGUUCAGUGAGAAACGAUAUCAGGUACAAAUCCCAGAGGACACCCCUAUAAACAACCAAGUGCUCCAGGUGCAAGCCACGGACAGAGACCGUGGUAGCAAUGCUCAGGUCCACUAUAGUAUUGUGAGUGGGAACCUUAAGGGCCAGUUCUACAUCCAUUCUUUCUCUGGCUCUAUUGACUUGAUCAACCCUCUGGACUAUGAAACUAUCCGAGAAUACACCCUGAGAAUCAAGGCUCAGGAUGGAGGAAGGCCUCCACAGAUCAAUUCAAGUGGGAUGGUGUCUAUCCAAGUGUUAGAUGUAAAUGAUAAUGCCCCAAUUUUUGUAAGUACUCCAUUUCAAGCCACAGUAUUAGAGAAUGUGCCUGUGGGUUAUUCAGUGUUGCACAUUCAAGCAGUAGAUGCUGACUCGGGGGAUAAUGCUCGUUUGGAAUACAAACUCAUUGAAGUGGCUCAUCCAUCUUCUUUGGUAGCCACUGUUGGAGAUAUGAGUUUUCCAUUCCAGAUUAACAACAGUACUGGAUGGAUUACAGUGUCAGUUGAGCUUGAUCGAGAGACUGUGGAGAAUUACCACUUUGGAGUAGAGGCCAGAGACCAUGGCAUACCUGUGAUGACAUCUUCUGCCAGUGUGUCUAUUACUGUCCUUGAUGUCAAUGAUAACAGUCCUACUUUCACUGAAAAAGUUUAUCAGCUCAGGCUUAAUGAGGAUGCAGUAGUAGGGAGCAGUGUCUUGACACUGACAGCAGUGGACAAAGAUGUCAAUAGUGUGGUGACCUACCAGAUCACUAGUGGUAACACAAGAAACAGGUUUGCUAUUACUAGUCAGAGUGCAGGUGGGCUGAUCACUUUGGCCUUGCCCCUGGAUUACAAGCAGGAAAGGCAGUAUGUGCUGACAGUCACUGCUUCAGAUGGAACUCUAUUUGACACUGUCCAAGUCCACAUCAAUGUCACAGAUGCCAACACACACCGACCAGUUUUUCAGAGUUCCCACUACACUGUGAGUGUCAGUGAAGAUAAGCCUGUUGGCACAUCCAUUGUAACAAUCGUUGCUACUGAUGAGGAUACUGGGGAGAAUGCUCGGAUCACAUAUGUCCUGGAGGACAACAUUCCUCAGUUCCGCAUUGACCCUGAUACAGGCACAAUCACAACAUUAAUGGAGCUAGAUUAUGAGGACCAAGCAUCUUACACCUUGGCUAUCACAGCCCAGGAUAAUGGGAUCCCUCAGAAAUCUGAUACCACCUAUGUGGAGAUACUUAUUCUGGAUGCCAAUGACAAUGUGCCUCGUUUCCUCCGUGACCGCUACCAAGGUGCGGUCUUUGAAGAUGUGCCCCUCUCUACCAGUGUCUUGCAGGUGUCUGCUGUGGACCGUGACUCAGGGCCUAAUGGCCGGCUCCUGUACACUUUCCAGGGUGGUGAUGAUGGGGAUGGGGAUUUUUACAUUGAGGCCACAUCAGGAGUGAUACGGACCUUGCGCAAGUUGGAUCGUGAAAAUGUGGCAGUCUACAGCCUGCGAGCUUUUGCUGUGGAUAGGGGCAGUCCACCCCUCAAAGCCUCUGUGGACAUUCAAGUAACCGUGCUGGAUAUCAAUGAUAACCCGCCUGUUUUUGAACAAGAUGAGUUCGACAUCUAUGUGGAGGAAAACAGCCCUGUUGGUUCUAUCGUGGCUCGGAUCAGUGCUGUAGAUCCAGAUGAAGGAACAAAUGCACAAAUCAUGUAUCAGAUUGUGGAAGGAAACAUCCCUGAGGUUUUCCAACUUGAUCUCCUCAAUGGUGAUCUCACAGCCCUGAUGGAUCUGGAUUAUGAGAGCCAAACAGAGUAUGUAAUCGUGGUGCAAGCUACUUCAGCACCUCUCGUGAGUCGAGCCACUGUCCACAUACGCCUGAGAGAUCAGAAUGACAACCCUCCUGUCUUGCAAGACUUCCAGAUUCUUUUCAACAAUUAUGUCACCAACAAGUCUAACAGCUUCCCAUCUGGAGUGAUUGGCAAAAUCCCAGCACAUGAUCCUGAUAUAUCUGACCACCUUGACUACACCUUUGUCCAGGGCAAUGAGUUAAAUCUGCUGCUUUUGGACUCUGCAACUGGUGAACUCAAGCUCAGCCGUGACCUGGAUAACAACAGACCACUGGAGGCCAUAAUGAAAGUUUCAGUUUCAGAUGGCAUUCACAAUGUGACAGCACUUUGCACCUUACGUGUGACAAUCAUCACCGAUGAUAUGCUGACCAACAGCAUCACUGUACGACUGGAAAACAUGUCCCAAGAGAAAUUUCUCUCUCCGCUACUUGCUCUCUUUGUCGAAGGUGUGGCUACUGUGCUUUCAACAACCAAAGAGGGCAUUUUUGUUUUUAACAUUCAAAAUGAUACUGAUGUCAGCUCAAAUAUUCUCAAUGUUACGUUUUCUGCAUUGCUUCCUGGUGGUAUUCGAAAUGAGUUCUUUCCCUCUGAGGAUCUUCAGGAGCAGAUAUACCUCAACAGAACACUCCUCACUUUGAUAUCUACCCAGCGAGUUCUACCUUUUGAUGACAACAUUUGUCUGCGGGAGCCUUGUGAAAACUACAUGAAGUGUGUGUCUGUACUUAAAUUUGACAGCUCUGCUCCAUUUAUAAGUUCAAACAGUGUCCUAUUCCGACCCAUACACCCUAUCAAUGGGCUGAGGUGUCGAUGUCCCCCUGGUUUUACAGGUGACUAUUGUGAAACAGAAAUUGACCUCUGCUAUUCAAACCCUUGUGGAAACAACGGCCUUUGUCGGAGCCGAGAAGGAGGCUACACUUGUGAAUGUUAUGAAGACUACACUGGAGAAUAUUGUGAAGUAAAUGCUCGCUCUGGACGCUGUGCUCCUGGAGUAUGCAAGAAUGGAGGCACUUGUAUUAAUUUGCUCAUAGGAGGUUUCAAAUGUGAAUGUCCCCCUGGUGAAUAUGAGAGACCUUACUGUGAGAUGACCACAAGAAGCUUUCCUCCUCUGUCAUUUGUCACCUUCAAGGGUUUAAGGCAACGUUUCCAUUUCACCGUCUCUCUCAUGUUUGCAACUAGAGAAAGGAAUGCUUUGCUCCUCUAUAAUGGACGCUUUAAUGAGAAGCAUGAUUUUAUUGCACUUGAGAUUAUUGAAGAGCAGAUCCAGCUGACAUUCUCCGCAGGGGAAACCACUACAACAGUUGCUCCAUUUGUUCCAGGGGGUGUUAGUGAUGGACAAUGGCAUUCUGUUCAAGUACAGUACUACAACAAGCCUAACAUAGGAAGAUUGGGCAUACCUCAUGGACCUUCAGGGGAGAAGGUGGCAGUGGUAACUGUGGAUGACUGCGAUACAGCAGUGGCUGUGCGUUUUGGAAGCUUAAUUGGAAACUACUCAUGUGCUGCUCAGGGAACACAGACAGGAUCAAAAAAGUCUUUGGAUCUCACUGGCCCUUUGCUUCUUGGUGGAGUUCCCAACUUGCCUGAAGAUUUUCCGGUGCAUAACAGACAGUUUGUUGGCUGCAUGAGGAACCUCUCCAUUGACAGCAAGCAAGUUGACAUGGCCAGUUAUAUAGCCAACAAUGGCACUCUGGCAGGCUGCUUGGCUCAGAAGAAUUACUGUACUUCCAACUGGUGUCAGAAUGGAGGCAGCUGUGUGAACAAAUGGAAUACAUACUCUUGUGACUGUCCUCUGCAGUAUGGUGGCAAAAACUGUGAACAAGUCAUGACUUUUCCUUACCGUUUUACUGGGGAGAGCAUCAUCAUCUGGAGUGAUCUUGAUAUCACUAUUUCUGUACCAUGGUACAUUGGUCUCAUGUUUAGAACACGGAAGGUUAACGGUAUGUUAAUGCAAGCUAAUGCAGGGCUGUCAUCAAAAAUCAACAUUCAGAUACUGAAUAAACAUGUGGUUUUUGAAGUUUAUGAUGGACUGAACAAAAUAGCCAAUUUAACAAUGGCCCAGUCCCGAGUCAGUGAUGGCGAGUGGCAUCACUUACUAAUUGAGCUGAAGAGCGCAAAAGAUGGCAAAGACAUCAAGUACUUGGCUGUUGUGACCCUGGACUAUGGGAUGUAUCAGAGCACUGUACAGAUUGGAAAUCAGUUACCUGGACUAAAAAUGAAAAGCAUUAUUGUGGGAGGCGUCUCUGGAGAUCAUGUCUCUGUUCAGCAGGGUUUCUACGGCUGUCUCCAGGGAGUGAGAAUGGGAGAGACACCUACAAAUGUAGCUACUUUGAAUACGGAGCAGGCCACCAAGAUUCAUGUGACAGAAGGCUGUGAAGUGGACAAUCCCUGUGAUUCUAAUCCUUGCCCCCUGCACAGCUAUUGUAGUGAUGACUGGGACAGUUAUUCGUGCAUUUGUGAUCCAGGGUUCUUUGGGACAGACUGUGUUGAUGUGUGUAGCCUGAAUCCAUGUCAACACGUCUCUGCUUGUGUCCAUAAGCCAAGCUCUUCUCAUGGAUACACCUGUGAAUGUGGGCAAAGCUAUUAUGGACAAUAUUGUGAAAGCAAGAUUGAUUUGCCGUGUCCCAGAGGCUGGUGGGGAAAUCCCAUUUGUGGGCCUUGCAACUGUGAGAUCAGUAAGGGCUUUGAUCCCGAUUGCAAUAAGACUAAUGGAGAGUGUCGGUGUAUGGCAAAUCAUUACAGACCACAAAACAGUGACACUUGCUAUCCGUGUGACUGUUUACCUUCUGGUUCCCAAAAUCGCACCUGUGACAAUGAAACAGGACAGUGUCCCUGUAAAGCAGGAGUGAUUGGCCGACAGUGCAAUCGUUGUGAUAAUCCCUUUGCUGAAGUCACCGUUCAUGGCUGUGAAGUGGUUUAUAAUGGAUGUCCCAAAGCAUUUGAGGCUGGCAUUUGGUGGCCACAGACAAAAUUUGGACAGCCUGCUGCUGUGCCCUGUCCCAAAGGAUCAGUUGGAAAUGCUGUUCGGCAUUGUAACAGUGAAAAGGGUUGGCUGCCUCCUGAACUUUUUAACUGUACGACAGUUGGCUUCAUGGAUCUUAAAAUCAUGAACGAGAAGCUUCUGCGCAAUGAGACCAACAUGGAUGGUGAUAAGUCUGUGCAGAUUGCGAAAGUUCUCCAUAGUGCUACAAACCACACAGGCUCCUUCUAUGGGAAUGAUGUGCGAACAGCCUACCAGAUGAUGAUCAGGGUAUUGCAGUAUGAGAGCCAGCAGCAAGGGUUUGAUCUCGCUGCAACGAGGGAUGUGGAUUUCAACGAGAAUAUCAUAAGAGCAGGUAGUGCUUUGCUGGAGCCUAGCACCAAAGAGCAUUGGGAGCACAUUCAAAGGACAGAGGGGGGCACAGCACAUCUGCUGAAACAUUAUGAGGAGUAUUUCAACACUGUGGCAAAGAACAUGCAAAAGACCUACAUGAAACCUUUCAUUAUUGUUGCUGCAAACAUGAUUAUUGCUGUUGACAUCUUUGAAAAGUCUAAUUUUACGGGAGCUAAAGUCCCACGGUUUGAUGCGAUUAAAGAAGAUUAUCCUAGAGAUUUGGAGUCGUCUGUUUUGUUUCCCGAUACUUUGUUCAAAGCUUCCAACAGAAAAGCAGUCCCUACGAUGAAACCUGCAAACUAUAUAUUUCCUUCCAAGAAGGGAGAUGAGAUUUUCAAAAAGGUACUUACCAAAAGAAAGCGUCGACAUCCAGAAGAGUCUAACCAGCAUGCUACUGCCAUUGUGAUCAUAUACCGAACACUAGGACGGUUUUUGCCUGAGAGCUAUGACCCUGACCGAAGGAGUUUAAGGUUACCCAAUCGGCCCAUCAUUAACACCCCUAUAAUCAGCACAAUAGUUUAUAGAGAUGGAGAAUCUUUACCAAAUCUUCUGGAGAGCCCCAUCACACUGGAGCAUGUCAUGAUGGAAACUGAGGAGAGAACAAAACCAGUUUGUGUAUUCUGGAACCACUCAACUACAAUUGGAGAAACAGGUGGUUGGUCCUCAAAAGGAUGUGAAAUGUUUUCCAGAAGCCAGAGUCAUGUCAUUUGCCAGUGCAACCACCUGACUAGUUUUGCUGUCCUAAUGGAUAUUUCAAAACGUGAAAAUGGUGAAGCACUUCCUCUGAAGAUUAUCACUUACACAACUGUGUCCAUCUCGCUGGCAGCUUUGCUGCUUACUUUUAUACUUCUUGUCUUGAUCCGAACGUUGCGUUCUAACCUGCACAGCAUCCACAAAAACCUAGUGGCUGCCCUGUUCUUCUCAGAGUUAGUCUUCCUUAUAGGAAUCAACCAGACAGAAAACCCAUUUGUGUGCACUGUGAUAGCCAUUCUUUUGCACUACUUCUACAUGAGCACAUUCGCUUGGAUGUUUGUUGAACAGCUUCAUAUCUACCGCAUGCUGACCGAAGUGAGGAACAUAAAUUUUGGACACAUGAGAUUCUACUAUGUCAUGGGUUGGGGGAUUCCUGCCAUUAUAACAGGUCUUGCUGUGGGCCUUGAUCCACAAGGAUAUGGGAAUCCAGAUUUCUGCUGGCUGUCUGUUCAUGACACCCUUAUUUGGAGCUUUGCAGGACCCAUCGUGAUUGUUGUGGUUAUCAAUAUCAUCAUCUUCAUAUUGGCAGUGAAAGCAUCAUGCAGACGAAGGCAGCGUUCACUGGAGAAAACUGGUAUCAUUUCUGUACUGCGGACUGCUUUCCUCCUCCUCCUGUUGAUCAGUGCUACCUGGUUGCUGGGUCUGAUGGCAGUGAACAGUGAUGUAAUGACAUUUCACUACCUCUUUGCCGUCUUUAGUUGUUUACAGGGCCUGUUCAUCUUUUUCUUCCACUGUAUUUUCAAUAAGGAAGUGAGGAAACAUUUGAAGAAUACUUUCACUGGAAAGAAGCCACUUCCAGAUGACUCCACAACAACAAGGGCUACAUUAUUAACACGAUCUCUCAACUGCAAUGACACAUACAUAGAGGAGCCAAAUAUGUAUCGCACUACAAUUGGUGAAUCCACAGUCUCCUUAGAAAGCACUGUCAGGUCAGCCAAGAGUCACAAUAGCUACCUUGCUCAUAUUCUCAGAGACGAAGCUGCCCAAAAGCUCAGCGUAUCGUCAAGCCAAGCGAGGGCCGGCCAUACAGAAGGUGAUUCCUCAAUCUUCCGCAGGAAACCAUCAAAAUCCCAUGAACAUGACUCUGAUUCUGAUAGCGAGUUGUCCCUUGAUGAGCACAGCAGUUCCUAUGCUUCCUCUCACUCUUCGGACAGCGAGGAAGACGCGAUUGAUGCAGAGAAGAAAUGGAACGCAGCCACUUCGAAAAGCAAUGAUCGAGGUCCACUUCACAGCACUCCCAAGGUUGAUUCACUUCCUAACCAUGUGAAAUCCUAUUGGCCAUCUGAGAGCAUAGCAGCAAGUGAUGGUGAGGAGCCAAGUGCAAAACAAAAGCUGAAAGUAGAAACCAAGGUUAAUGUAGAACUUCACCAGGAAAACCAAGCCAACCACAGCAGCGAAAUACCUCCAGAUAAAGAAAACGAAGUGCAGCAGAAGGAGAACAAACCAUUUUCUCAGCAGAAUCACCAGCAGCCUGAGCAGAGGAAAGGCAUACUGAAGAACAAAGUUACCUAUCCUCCUCCACUGGUAGACAAAAACAUCAAAAAUCGGCUGCGGGAAAAACUGUCAGAUUAUAAUCAAACCACAAUCUCAUCCAGAAUGACCGCUAUUGGAACAAAUAAUGGGAUUCGCUCCAAUUCAGACUCGGGGGUGACAGUAAAGAACCCAAGAAGAGAUCAACUUCCAGAACAAAUAAAUGGCUUGGCCAUGAAUCUCCAUGUAGGAACUGGUACUGCAGAGACCUCAGAUUCUGAAGGCAGUAAUGAAACUUCAAUUUGAAUCAUCAGGAAAUUGUGAUGACGGUUGCAACUUGGCGGGCUGCUCCACGGAGAUGGUUCUUCCUCUGGAUUCUGCACUCUCCUGUGCAGUCGGAAGGCGAAGGACAACAUCUGAGGGAUAUUUCGUGUGGUGGCCUACUUGUGAUCCUUGCAAGGGGCCUGCUGAAGCUACUUAGGGCACAUUCAGUGCCUGCCUGCAUACAUUGUGCCAAAAACACAUGGAGACCAAUAAAAUGGAACUCACUGUUGGCAAAGAAUGCCUCUCCAAAAUGCAGUUAGAGCCAUAGCUAUGCUGCAAGGGCUGCCAAGGAGGCCAAGGUAUACUACACUAACGAAUUACUUGAUAUAAGGAAGAAAUGGCCAGUAAUACAGCAUGUCAACCAUCACCUGAGCCCCAUCAGAACUCAAGGGGCAUCAGUGAUUUGUUCUGGUCCAACAGCAUAUCCAAACUCAGGAGAAAAACAUUUUAUCACACAAAGUGCCCUUGGAUUUCUUUGCCAGCUUCUACACCAGCUUGUGGUGGACUUUUUUGUCUUAAAUACCACCGUUUUGAUAUAAAUAUUAUAUAUAUAUAUAUAUAAUGCUGUAGAUAAUUUUAUAUAUUUUGUAUGGUGAUUUUUUUUGAAAAGGUUCUUUUGUACAUUUCAUGUGAACUGAUUUUCUUAAAUUUAGAAGCAGGAGAACAAUAAUUGUGAAAGAACAUUGAUAUUUUUUAUAUUAAAAAAAAAGAAUUGCACAAGUGUACUUGAAUUUGGCAUUUGAGGUGAAGGGGAACAUAACUAGCGUCUAUCAAAACUAACCCAGUUCUGCUACAGUCCUUACUUUUUUUUUAAAAAAAGGCUAUGAUAUAACUUGGGACAUUUCAAUGUAACUCGUUUUCAUAAGAAUUAGAAUUAUCUGAAAUUUUGACACCAAUCUACAAACAGGUAUUUGUGAAUUAUUUGUAAGACAUUCUGGCCCUUUCUUCACUUUCCAGACAUUUUUCUUUUUUUCCCUUCCUACCGAGCUCAUAUCCUGCCUUCAGUUUAGGUUUUCAAAUUGUUCUUUUUUACAGUAUUGUCUAGUUUUAUAUUACAAUUUGUGUACUUUUUCCUUAGAAAAAAAUAUUAUCAUGGGAGUUUCUGUCAACAGUCCCUUCUCCCAUCUG